UUACCUUCUUUACCCAUUUUAUUUAUAGGUACAAAUACAAUACUGAAUCACAAGCUAAGUAACUUUUUCAUCUUACAUUAUUUUUCUCACACAGAAAAAGAUCAGAUGAUAUCCUGGAAAGAUUUAUACAAUGUACUAUCAAAUGUAGUACCUCUUUAUGUAGUAAUGAUUUCAGCUUAUGGAUCAGUAAAAUGGUGGAAAAUAUUUUCACCAAAUGAAAUCUCGGGAAUCAACAGAUUUGUAGCAUUAUUUGCAGUCCCACUUCUUUCUAUCAAAUUUAUCUCAAACAACAAUCCUUAUGCAAUGAACUUCCGCUUCAUCGCAGCAGACACAUUGCAAAAACUUAUAGUCAUAGUAAUCUUGUUUUUAUGGUGUAAGCUGAGUUCAAGAGGGUCUCUUGAAUGGUGUAUCACUCUCUUUUCACUUUCGUGCCUUCCCAACACGCUUGUCGUGGGCAUUCCUUUGUUAGGAGGAAUGUAUGGCCAAGACCUUUCACAAUCUUUAAUGGUGCAACUUUCUGUUAUACAGUUUAAUGUAUGGUUUCCUAUUAUGUUGUUCUUGUUUGAAUAUAGAAGAGCAACAGUUUUCAUCGUUCCUGAUGAGCAAGGGACUGAAAUGAAUACUAAAAGUAGCUCAUCAUCGCUUGAAUGUUCUAAUAAAAUUUGUGAUGUGAGUUUGGAGUUUGAUGAGGAAAGAGAUUUAGAUGUUGGUGUUCUUCCUUCUAGGUCAUCAACCAAGACUAAUGAUCAUGAUAAUGAAGAGAAUUCUUGGCCUACAGGUUUGCUUUCAACUUCUUUUUUAUUUUUUUUUAUAAAAUUUGUCAGAAAUGACAUUUUUUUUUUCACUUCUUUUCAUAUUUACUCAGACAAUCUGAUAGGAGACUUGACACUGACAGAGCCAAGCUCGACAUCGAAGGUCGAAGUCCACGUGGAAACUAUUGUUGAAUGUAAACCCAAACUGACAAACACACUCCCUGUCCCUGCAGCUGGAAGUGUAAUGACAACCAGGCAGAUUUUGAUCAUGGUCUGUAAGAAACUUAUGAGGAAUCCUAACUUCUACUCUAGUGUUCUUGCCUUAACUUGGUCCUUGAUCUCUUUUAGGUGGCAUGUUGAAAUUCCUGCAAUGGUGGCCAAUUCAAUUAAAAUUUUCUCUGAUACAGGACUUGGGAUGUCAAUGUUUAGUCUUGUGUCAAAAUUGAUAGGCUUAUUCAUGGCUUCACAACCUAAAAUAAUUUCUGGUGGGAGUGCAUUAGCUGCCUUAGCUGCAGCCAUGAGGUUCAUUGUGGGACCCACUAUCACGGCGGCUACUUCUUCUGCUAUUGGAUUAAGAGGGACCCUUCUACAAAUUAUCAUUAUGCAGGCAGCUCUACCACAGGCAAUUGUCUCAUUUGUCUUUGCUCAAGAAUACAAUGUUCAUCCUGGUGUUCUUAGCACAGCGGUUAGCUUUGGAAUGUUAAUAUCCUUACCGAUUACACUGGUUUAUUACAUCUUAUUGGGGAUUUGUAUCAAGUGAAGGGACUAUUUGCAGCGCAAGAAUUAAAAACGAAGCUAUUAGACCAUUAGAACACUUAGAUUAUGUACAACGAUUGAACUGAGUACACGUUAACCUUUUAACCAUCUCUAAUAAUAUGGCAUAGCAUAUUUCAAUGUAACAAUAUUUCAGGACAUGUAAAUAUUAGGUACUCCCUUCAAUUCGCUCCCAUCAGAUCGAAAAUCCAACAACAGCUUGGUUUCAUGUGGAGAUGGUUAUGCUGAUUGGAAGAGAGGUAUGAUUCUCGCGGUGUAGAUGGAACUCUUCCUAAGCCAGAUCCUUUAGAUCUUGUGUUUAAGGCAUGGGAGAGGUGUAGUUAUAAUAAGAUCAUCAGCAAUAUUUUUAGA